GCACAAACAGUCGGUAGGAUGUCUAAAGAGGGCCAACCACGUGAGCCAGAGCAGCUGCGGAAGCUCUUCAUUGGAGGGCUCAGCUUUGAAACCACAGAUGAUAGUUUGCGGGCGCAUUUUGAACAAUGGGGAACCCUAACAGAUUGUGUGGUGAUGAAAGACCCAAACACAAAACGAUCCAGGGGUUUUGGGUUUGUCACCUAUGCUGGUGUGACUGAAGUCGAUGCUGCUAUGGAUGCACGCCCCCACAAGGUCGAUGGUCGGCUUGUAGAGCCCAAACGAGCCGUGUCUCGAGAGGACUCCAACAAGCCAUUUGCUCACACAACUGUGAAAAAGAUCUUUGUGGGUGGCAUUAAGGAUGACACUGAGGAGGACCAUCUUCGUGGCUACUUCGAUGUGUUUGGAAAGAUUGAAGCCGUUGAGAUAAUGGUCGACCACAAGACCGGAAACAAAAGGGGCUUUGCCUUUGUUACGUUUGAUGACCAUGAUUCUGUUGAUCGUAUUGUCAUUCAAAAAUACCACACUGUGAAUGGGCACAACUGUGAAGUCAGAAAAGCUCUUUCUAAACAAGAAAUGCAAAACACUGGGAUGAACAUGAGAGGCCGUGGUGGUGGUGGUGGUGGAGGUGGCGGCGGCGGCAGCAACGGUGGAGGUGGAAACUUCAACAGAUAUGGCAAUAAUGGUGGCUACAACAAUGACUUUGGAGGCGGUGGUGGGGGCGGUGGCAACCGCGAUGGAUACUUCGGAAGAGGAGGUAGAGGAGGUAAUGGUGGAGGAGGUGGUUAUGGAGGGGACUGCUACAACAAUGGAUUUGGUGGAGAUGGUGGUUAUGGAGGUGGUGGAGGCGGCGGCAGCGGUCCUGGUAACUAUGGUGGAAAUCGUGGAUAUGGAGGUGGUGGAGGAGGACAAGGUUAUGGCAACCAGGGCGGAGGUUAUGGUGGCGGUGGAAACAGCAGUGGUGGAUAUAAUGACAAUUACAACAAUGGCAAUGGAAACUUUGGAGGUGGUAACUUUGGUGGCGGCGGCAGCGGCGGUGGCGCCAGCAGUGGAGGCGGUAACUACAGUGACUUCGGCAGCUAUAACAACCAGCAGUCCAAUUAUGGUCCCAUGAAAGGGAACUUUGGAGGUGGUGGUGGUAGUAGUGGCAGCAGCAGCGGAGGAGGGAGGAACAGUGGCCCAUAUGGUGGUGGCUAUGGAGGUGGAUCCAGUGGUGGUGGUGGAUAUGGUGGUGGCUCUGGUGGUAGACGGUUUUAAGCUCAGAAGAGGACUGAGUGCUUUAGGAGAGGACAGCAAGAGAAGUGACAGGGCAGAUGCAGGUUUACAUCCCUAGAUCUGCUCAGCCAAACAGGUUUGGCAGAUUUACAGCUGCCACCAGAAGAAGUGUACAGUAGCGCUAUCGUGUGUGGGACAUCAUGAAUUUGUCAUCAUGCAAACUUAUUUUAUAUUGUCUAUUGAGGAAAAAGCAUUCCAAUGAGGUUUUAUGUAGAAUUACUUUCAGUCGUUAUGGUUUUUAUUUUAUGUAACCAAUCAAGGUGAAAUAAAACAUAAUUUUUGUUUUUUUUAAAAGA